GAAUGUUUUGCUGCGUAUAAUGGCGUGCGGCUACUUCAUAAACACGCCGGCUGAUUAUGUUUACAAAUAUAGACCCAUUUAAACUGUGCCCAUUCGUUGGGCCACAAUUGUAAACUAUUGAUAAAUUAAUGAUUAGUCAAACGCAAUGGAAAUACGUUUCCACUGAACGCAUUUGGAAACUUUUCUUUUGGCGGUUUUCGAAGUGAACAAAUUAAAAAAAAAAUAAAGUAUUAGUGAAAUAGUAUUAUUGUAGAGUGGGUGCAAAACAAAGUUUUUUAGAAUAAAAGUGUGUGAAUAAGUUUAUUAAGUUAGUUAACUAGUUUUUAAUGUGUGUGAACUAUUUAUUGUAGUUGUCAAACUAAGUCAUUAGGUACGUGAAUAUUUGUGUUAAAGUAAAGUUACACCCCAAACAAGAUGGCCCAGGACAACAGCAACUCCACUAUGGAGAUGGGAACCAGUGACCAGGUCCUGGUAGCAACAAAACGUAAGAAGACUAUAGGAUACAUCAUCGGAACUAUCGCCAUGUUGGCCGUAGGAGGAGUGGUGAUAGCUCUCAUCAUUGUGCUAUCUCCUGAGUCUGCCAGUACUACCCCAACACCAGCACCUAUCGUGUCUCCAACCACAGAUUCAGAUGGAUCAUCAGGCACGACAGAAGGCCCGACUUCUCCUCUAACUCCAUCGACUACUCCUUCUACAACUUCAACAACUACUACAACAACAACAACAACUACUACGACAACUACAGAAGCUCCGCCAGAUGAAUCACCUGGUCAAUUGGACUUGGAAGAGAUCAUCGAUGGAGUGUUCUCGCCACCUUCUUUCAAUGCCACUUGGGCAACAGGCAGCGAACUGAUGUUCCGAAACGACAAUGGUGACUUGGUGCUGUAUGACGUUGACAGUGACACCCCGAUGCCCAUAGUUUCCAACACAUCAAAGAUCCUGCAAGAGGCGAGCAGAGUGAUGCAACUGUCUCCUGAAGGCAAGGACGUUAUGUUGGCACACAGUGUGGCACCGGUGUACAGAUACAGCUUCAUUGCGCGCUAUACUGCAGUGAACAUUGAAAACGAAGAAGAAGUGCCCAUCACUCCUCCAAGCGUUCCCAGAGAACAGGCGCUCCUCCAAAACCUCGUUUGGGGUCCCUCAGGAACAUCUUUGGCCUUUGUCUACUACAACAACAUCUACUACCAGCCUUCUUUGAAAGAAGCACCUCGUCAGAUCACGACAGACGGUGUAUUGAACGUCAUUUACAACGGUAUCCCCGAUUGGGUAUAUGAAGAGGAAGUGUUUGGUUCGAACAAUGCUAUAUGGUUCUCCAAAGAUGGUACCAAAAUGGCCUACGUCACCUUCGACGAUUCGCACGUGGAAGUGAUGAGAGUCCCCCAUUACGGCAUUCCUGGCGAAACCCAAUACACUCGUCAUCGUCAGAUCCGGUACCCCAAGCCUAACACUACCAACCCAACAGUAAAGGUUACAUUGUGGAAUUUGAUUACGGAUACUCCGAGCGUGGUUGAAGCACCUAAUGAUCUGAAUCAGCCAAUCUUGAAGACAGUAAAGUUCAUUAAUAACGAUGACAUUGCCGUCGUGUGGACGAACAGAGAGCAAACUUCUUUAAGGGUGCAAAAAUGCAGAGCCUCAGGCAACACUGCAGAAUGCACAACGAUAUACAAUUAUGUUGAGAACGGCGGCUGGAUUGACAACAUUCCGUUCUUCUUCAACGAUGCUGGAAAUUCUUUCAUCACUAUUCUACCUUUUGCCGUCGAUGGUGUCCGGUUCAAGCAAAUCGUUCAAGUUACUGAAGGUACUGGUACUGCUCCUGCUACCGUCAAGAACCGCGUCAACAACCCUCACACAGUCCUUGAGAUCCUUGCUUGGGGUUCUGAUGAUGUUAUCUGGUACAAAGCAACAAGCGUCAGUGAUUCCCGUGAACAGCACAUAUUCUCAGUGAACUCUCAGGAUGUCAUCUCCUGCUUUACCUGCAACAUUCGUCGGACGGACGGAGGCCUAUGCCUCUAUAAUGAAGGCACCAUCAGCACCGCCGGAGACAGAAUCACCAUCAACUGCGCUGGACCCGAUGUACCACAAAUCUUUAUCUACAAAACUAACGGCGAAUUGGUGCGCGUUUGGGACGAAGGUGCAGAUCUGUCAAAUCUCAUGCAUAACCGCACUCUACCAGUGACUCUCCGAGCCCAAAUAACUUCGCCACUAGGUCAGGCGAGCACGGAUAUCCACAUCCAGGCGCCUGCCGACUAUGCUCAUAGAACUAAUGUACCUCUGCUCGUCUAUGUGUACGGUGGUCCCGACACGGCUCUGGUGACGAGGCAAUGGAGCCUUGACUGGGGCAGUUCUCUCGUCAGUCGCUGGGGCAUUGCUGUGGCUCAUAUUGACGGCAGAGGCUCUGGCUUGAGAGGAGUCGAAAACAUGUUCGCUUUGAACAGGAAACUGGGAACAGUCGAGAUUGAGGACCAGAUCGCUGGGGCUAAAUAUAUUCAAGACAAUUUCCCGUGGAUCGAUGCCAACCGGACCUGCAUCUGGGGAUGGUCUUACGGAGGCUACGCAGCCAGUAAGGCGCUGGCUGAAGGAGGAGACGUCUUCAGGUGUGCUGCUGCCAUCGCUCCUGUGGUCGACUGGAGGUUCUAUGAUACUAUCUACACAGAACGUUACAUGGGCUUACCGACGGCGGAAGACAACGCUGAAGGCUAUGAAGUGUCCUCCCUUCUCACCAAUCAAGUGGCGGAGGCCCUUCGUGAGAAGAGCUACUUCUUGGUCCACGGCACAGCUGACGACAACGUGCACUAUCAACACGCCAUGUUGCUGUCCAGGCUGUUGCAGAGACGAGAUGUCUUCUUCACGCAAAUGAGCUACACAGAUGAAGACCACGGCCUGGUUGGUGUAAGGCCACAUCUCUACCACGCACUAGAGAGGUUCCUACAAGAAUACAUGUUGUAAUCACUUCAAACAUUCCAAUAUAGUUCAACAUUUUUGCUCAGUGGUACCUCUUUAAAAAACUUCAGAUAUAAAGAGAAAAUUAUCUUUCCUAUGAAGUUCUUAAUAUUUUUAACGGAUGGUACUUAGUCAAAUCACGGCUAGUUUUAUAGAUUACAAUUCAUACAGAACUGUACACUUAGUACGAGUUUGCUUUACGUUGUACGGAAACAAAACGACAGCGCGUUCGGCGCUCUCAUUGGUUGGUUCAUUCGCACCGGCCAAUCAAAGCGCCGAUCGCGCUCUCGUUUCGUUUUCGUUCAACGUAAAGCAAACUCGUACUAAGGGUACUGUAAAUUAUAAUCUAUUGUUAAAAAAAAAAACAAAAAUAGAACCAUAUUGUCAAGGAUUGUGUCUUGAUGACGUCACAUUACUCAAGGCUAUGAACUAAUGAAAUACAAUAAGGAUAUUUUAUUUAAUUUUAAUUCAACUGUCAUGAAAACAAAUACACUUAAAUGUAUUUUAAGAAUAAAAUAAAUACUUUAUCAAUUACAGAGUUACCUGUCUGUUAGCAAAAUAAAUUAUUUUUAAAAUAAAAAUAAAAUAUUUUAUGAGUCAUGUAAAUAAUUUUAUUACUGAGUAUUCUGAUGUUACUUAAAGUUGCCAAUGUAAUAGAAUGAAACAGGGUUGCCAGUGGUUAUUUGUAGAUAUUAAUAAAUAAUUAUUAAUCAAAAGAUAUUUAUGUGAAACAAACCUAACCGGACAAGUCUAAACAUGUUAUUUCUAGUUCGCUGUUUGUAUAGUUUCAAUGGAUCGUUCUUAUACUGAUUUCAUUUGUAAAUAUUUUAAGUACUUUAAGUACAAAAUAUCUAAUAAAUAAAUAAAUGUGUUUUCUACAAA